UGAGCUAAAUUGAACUGAGCUGAAUCAAGCCGAGCUUAAAGUUAUUUUGACCAGCUCAAUAAUAUAAAAGGUAUAGUGGAUUCACUACUGAAGUUAGUCGUUUGUCUACAGCUUUUAACUAAACAUAUCUUGUCUUGGUUCAAUAUCAAACAAACUUACCAAAAAUGAAACUCGCCAUUGUUGUUGUCGCCUUCAUGGCCAUCGCCGCCGUAACAGCUGAAGAAAAAUACACAACCAAAUUCGAUAACAUCGAUGUUGAUGAAAUUUUGAAAUCUGAUCGUUUAUUCACCAACUACUACAAAUGUUUGAUCGAUGAAGGCAAAUGUACUCCUGACGGUCGUGAAUUGAAGAAAACUUUGCCCGAUGCCCUCCAAACCGGUUGCAAAAAGUGCAGUGAUAAGCAACGUGAAAACUCCGAUAAAGUAGUCCGUUUCAUCAUUGACAACAAGCCCGAAGAAUGGAAGGUCUUGCAACAGAAAUACGAUCCCGAGAAUGUCUACUACAACAAAUACAAGGAUGAAGCUGCUGCCCGUGGCAUCAAAAUCUAAAUCAAUUCCCAAACAAUUGUGAUGUGAUGAACAAAAAACUUCUUUUAAAGUCCAACUUUGUUGUCCUAAAUACUCAGUAGUGAACCCGAUGACAAGUUUUUCUUUCUUACAAUUGAAAAACUUGUUAUUAAGAAGAAAAAAGGCUUUAAAAUGAUUUUUUUUUGUACAUAGAAAAAUACGUUUUAAAUAUUUGUAUUGUAAAUUUUCGUACUUUUUAUUAUUUGUUAUUUGUAGUUACACAUUAUGGACCCAUUUACUUAACUAAAAAGAAAAAAAAAUACAUUAUAUUUUCUUGUAAAAUACCAAAAGGAA